CCAACUCCAAGAGAUUGUUGACGUUUAUCUUCUUAAGAAAACAACCAUUGCAGAGAAGAGCAUGGCAGAAAAGAGAGGCAGCAUUGCCUUCUUCGCUACCUAUAAACCACCGGUGCCGCUGGACAUAUUCUCAUCUCCGGCUUCACCGGCGACGAGCCAUGAUGAGCUACACAUGACUGAUGGAUUGUCAUCUAAUUACAACUGCAAAGUCAUUCCACCAGAAGCUCUCAAGACAAUGCUCAAGCGCCCAAAAUUGUCUUCCCAAGCGACAGAAGCGGUUGUUGAUUCAGGCCGUGUCUCAGGAUUGGUCUUUGUCUCCGAACGAGAUAAGAACCUCGAGACUAUUCAUAUAGCUCUUCGCUUCACUAAAAAAGUAGUCGAAGUCUUCAGUUUCAAUGAUGUCUACGACACUUACAGUGAUGUUAGAAUGGAAGACAGUGGUUGCAUUGCCGGUGGUUAUAUGGUCGGUAACCGUACUAUCGAUCAUUCUCUCGUCUAUGUAUCCACUAUGGAGCCGGCAAAAGAUCGCCGUGAGCCCUGGACUGCCGUUUAUAAAACCAACCUUAACACCGGAGAAACUAAACGCCUCACCCCAUCAGGGGUAAGUGAUUUGAGCCCCUCUGUGUCACCAUCUGGAAGAAAGAUAGCAGUGGCAUCGUUCCAGGGGAAAGGUUGGAAUGGCGAGAUUGAAGAUCUUCAGACUGAUAUUUUUGUGAUGAAUAUAGAUAAGCCGCCAUUGGAGCGCAAGAGAGUUAUAAGAAACGGUGGGUGGCCGACAUGGGGAAGUGACAAUGUCAUUUUUUUCCAUCGCAAGGUUGGAAAAUUUUGGGGUGUAUUCCGAGUCGACAUCAGCAGCGGUGAUGAACCAGUCCGUGUGACUCCAGACGGUAUUGACGCAAUAACUCCGGCAGCCAUCAAUGAAACCAAAGUGGCAGUGGCAACUAUCCGUCAGAAGUCAACCUUCAAAGAUGUUCGUGUGGAAGCACAGUAUAGGCAUAUUGAAGUUUUCGAUUCAACUUCAUCAAAAAACUCCAUAAAAAUCACUCAAAUGACCAGACCAAAGACUGACCAUUUCAACCCAUUUGUCAUAGAUGGUGGGAAGCGCAUAGGCUACCAUUGUUGCAGAAGCGAGCUUCUCAAGCAUGGAGAUGAUAUCCAAAGAAAUUUCCACAAGCUCCAGUCUCCAAAUCCAGAUGUUGGGCUUUUUAGCAUGUCAGGUGUAUUUCCGACAUUUUCCAAGGAUGGCUCCAAGCUUGCAUUCGUUGACAAUGAGUUUAAAGAGGUGUGGUUAGCCGAUAGCCAAGGAUUGCGCGUUGUCUACGAGAUGAAAGACGCAGACAACAUUUUCUCACCGGUGUGGAAUCAAGAUCCACAAAAAGAUUUACUAUAUGUGUGUGUGGGACCUUCUUUCAACUCCGGCAAAACAUUGGAUAUUUGCGCCAUCCCUAAUGUGUCUAGUGGCGCACGGCAGCGUCGAAAGCUCACAAGAGGAUUCAAUAAUGCCUUCCCAUCUACUAGUCCUGACGGAAAGAAAUUAGUUUUUCGAUCUACGAAAGAUGGAGGAAAAAAGAAUUAUAAGAAUCUAUACAUAAUGGAGGAUGCAGAAGUGGGAGAAUACGGAGAUGGCAAGAUAACAAGGCUAACAAAUGGGCCAUGGAUUGACACACAUUGUCAAUGGUCUCCAACAGGAGAUUGGAUAGUAUUUUCAUCAACUCGUGACAAGCCUAAAACUGCACCAGAAACAGAUAAUGGUCUUGAUCCGGGAUACUUUGCUGUGUUUCUAGUAAAGGCGAAUGAUCCAUCAGUUGUUAUAAGAGUAAUAAAAAGUGGAGAUAACAUUGCAGGGCAUGUGAACCAUCCAUUCUUCAGUCCAGACGGAAAGAGCAUCGCAGUGACUGCAGAUCUUGCUGCAGUGUCUGUUGAUCCAAUUUCUUUACCUCUUUUCCUGCAUUCUGUGAGGCCUUAUGGAGAUAUAUUUAUUAUUGAUAUAGACUCCAAUAACAUAAACAAAAAUAAAAAUGUGAAGAAUUUCAAACGCAUCACGCAUAGUCGAUAUGAGAAUUCCCCUCCUACUUGGACCAUCUUUGCAACUGAGGAUCCUAAUGCCACAUGGAACCUGCUUUUAAAUGAUCCCUACACCCCCACAUGCCCUUGCAUAUCAUAAGGGAGGUGAAAGCUGAAGAUGUCUAGCCACCUUUGCACCCCAAAAAAGAUUAUAUUCAUUGUUUUUGUGCCCUAUUUGUAUGACUUGUUUCAAUCUAUAACGCUUUCAAUUCAUAAUUGUGUGCUUGUUUU